AUGUGCACCACGUCGUCUAGUUCCGAUCCGGUACUCGAGUGCUUCCGGUUGUACGAAGAACUGUUGCAAUGUGGAUCCACCGAAAAGGUGCACAACACUACGUACACGCAAAUGGCCUCACAGGUAAGACAGUUCGCAGUGGAAAUGAUAGUGAACUGCAGGACGUCGGACGAAGUUAAGAUCAUGUUGCGAAAUCGUGACGGAUGCAGGUUCAGAGGAAAGUUCCCGUACCCGAGACUUAUCACAGCCAUGGACUACAAGCAAAAGGAGUUCGUAGCCCACACCAACAUCCAACAGGUGUUGGAGACUGCGUGGCUGGGCGAUUGGAUCGAGUGGAAGUCGUACUCGGCGACAUGGAAGUUGUUGUACUUGCUGAGGCGGUUCAUUAUGCUGCCGGCGACGGUGAUUUUGGGAAUGUUAGCGCCCAACUCAAAAAUGAAUCAAUUCAACCGGUUACCGAUUAACCGGAUGUUCAACAGCCUAGUCACAUACCUGGUGUUUCUCUGGCUGCUGUUCAGGCAAUCGAACGCCGACAAGUUCGAGACACGUAGGGGAGCGCCGGAACUGGGUAUGGUGUUGCCCAUCGCUGUGUUCGUGGUUGGCCACGUGCUUGAGAAGUUAAAGCUGCGGCUACAGCAGGGCCCUGAGCGGUUCUUCAAGAACUUGUGGAACGUGUUCGACACGGUCAAGUUGACGCUGUUCUCGUUAGCGUUCUUGUCCUGGAUAGCUGCCGCCUUAAACAUUAUUACUCAGGGGUCCGACGACCUGGACCGCAAGUACUGGCCCUGGAUCGACCCGCAGCUAGUGGCCGAGAGCCUGUUCACCAUGGCCACCGUCAUGGCGUAUCUGCGGCUACUGUUCCUGUGCCAGCUCAACUACUACAUCGGCCCGAUGCAGGUGUCCCUGGGCAAGGUUCUGCAUGACUUCGGCAAGUUCGCCACGUUCCUGUUGAUCAUCAUGACGGCGUUCACGUGCGGACUGGGCACAUACUAUUCGUACUAUGCGGGCAUGGUGCACAAGGACCCGGAGACGGGUGAAACCACGAGGCAAGAGGACUCGUUCGUCACGAUCGCCGACACGUUCAAGACGCUCUUCUGGGGCAUAUUCUGCAUGACCUCGCUGGAGGCGCCUAACGUGGUGGUCACCAACACGGUGGCGGCCACUGGCCACAUCGACGCGGCCACACAAUCGCACCAGUUCACGCAGCUGGUGGGUUACGGGCUGUUCGCCGUGUUCGAGGUGCUCAUGGUUGUCGUCAUGAUGAACAUGCUCAUCGCCUCAAUGUCGGACACUUUUCAAGGCGUUACUGACAACGCCGAGUACGAGUGGUUGUUUGGCCGGACCCAGGUGUACGUCAGCUACAUGUUGAUGAACGACAUGCCACCGCCAUUCAACCUGUUGCCCACAACCGGCCUGCUGUUCUGUGCCAAGCGGCUCGUGUCUAAGUCGUCGCGUGGCUACAGCCGCGUGCCGGGUGAUGACGGGAGAGGCGACUUGGACAGCCGCUCGACGGCCGAGGACCCUGAGUUCCGCGAGCUCAUGACCGAAAUCAUCAAGCGGUAUUUCACGAUGCGCAGACCACUCGUUGAACGAUGAUUAUUGUUAUUAUUAUUAUUAAUGUUGGUCCCCUGGCCGCACUGCACGUUAUUCGCACUCCGACAUGCCCCCUACAACUACACUGCACCCUUUAGCAUACCACCACCCCUGAACGACACCAACCCGUUUUGUCGUUAUUGCAAAUUAUUUUAUUGUUGUUUAUAAUUUUUCAUCUGUCAACUUUUAUAUUAUAUUAUAAUGAAAACAUUAAUAAUAAUAUUAUAACCCCAAUUGGUCACUGCAACAGCUACACGGUAAUAGGUUUCGAUGUGUGAAUUUUAUACACGAUACUGUCGUCGCAUAAUAUAUCGGAGUAAAAGCGUCAGAAUAAUGAAUAUAAUAAUAGUUAAUUAUGGCUACUAUAAUCGAGAUUGGCCUCCCAUAGUCGCCACGCUGGAAAAAUUUA